UGCGCCGGAUGAGCGUCUACAACGUGUUGUAGAAAAUUUCACGUGUGAAGUUUUUAUCUUGAACUGCACAGUUUGGAUCAAAAACUAACAUCUUACUCGUGUGUCUGUGUAGGAGGCAGUCAUGGGUAGAAAGUUGGAUCCUGCCAACAAGGUGAAGAGGGGACCAGGAAGAAAGGCCAAGAAACAGCAGGGAGCAGAGACUGAGUUGGCCAAGUUUUUUACUGAAGAGGACACUGGACCAAAACGACUGUCAAGCAGAGCUAAGAAAAGAGCUGCAAAAAGAAAUCAAAAACCUAAAGAUGUUGCUGAGGAACAACCCAAAAAAGGGUUCACUGAUGAGAACAGUAAAUGGUUGAAACCAGCAAAGAGGAAGCGAAAACUUGAUGAACCUGAAAGUGAAGAUGACAGUGAUGAGCACUGGGAGGAGGAAGACGAAGAGGAAGAAGACCAAGAACAGCAACUGCAGAAAAGGGGAGGAAAAGACCAGGGAAAGAAAAAUAUGGAAAAAUUAGGAAUUGAAGAAGAAGAGGAUAAUGAUGAUGAUGACGACGAUGAUGAUGACGACGACGACAAUGACGAUGAUGAUGAAAUGGUUGACGAUUAUGGCACAAAGGAUGACGGCAGUGGGGAAGAAGCAGAAGAAGAAAGUGAUGGGGAGGAACUGCUUCCUAUCGAGCGUGCAGCCAAAAAAGAGAAAAAGCUUAAAAAAACUAUGGCUCUUGAUGAAGACGACGACGAUGAAGAAGACGACGAUGACGAUGAUGAUGAUGAUGAAGAUGCAAAGGCAUCAGAUUCAGAUAUGGAUGAGCAAGACACAGUACAAGCUAAUAUAGAUGAAAUGGACACAUUUAGGCUUCCUGGAGCAGAGGAGAGGGAGAAGGAGGGUCUCUUGCCUUUAGACCUGAAGACUAUUCAUCAAAGAAUUAAGGACAACGUUGAUGUUCUCUGCAACUUCUCAACAAAAAGGGAACCAGGAAAAGACCGAUCAGAUUAUCUCUCCCUUCUGAAGAAGGAUCUCUGCACUUAUUACAGCUACAACACCUUCUUAAUCCAGAAAUUGAUGGACCUCUUCCCUCUGUCAGAGUUGGUUGAUUUCCUUGAAGCUAAUGAAAUUCACAGACCAGUCACUAUUCGAACCAACACCUUGAAAACAAGAAGGCGAGACCUUGCACAGGCCUUGAUCAACAGAGGAGUGAAUCUUGAUCCUCUGGGUAAAUGGUCUAAAGUUGGUUUGGUCAUCUACGACUCUUCUGUACCUAUAGGUGCAACCCCAGAGUAUUUAGCUGGUCACUACAUGCUGCAAGGAGCCUCCAGCUUUCUGCCAGUCAUGGCGCUUUCUCCACAGGAAGGGGAGUCUGUGUUGGACAUGAGCUCAGCUCCAGGAGGCAAGACCACCUACAUAGCUCAGCUGAUGAGAAACACAGGAGUUAUUGUGGCCAAUGAUGCAAAUGCUGAGAGACUGAAGAGUGUCGUGGGCAACAUCCACCGUCUGGGUGUCACUAACACAGUGGUCUGCAACUACGAUGGCAGGCAGUUCCCAAAGGUAAUGGGUGGGUUUGACAGAGUCCUGCUUGACGCCCCUUGUUCAGGCACAGGAGUCAUUGCUAAAGAUCCAGCUGUAAAGACCAGUAAGGAUGAGGCAGACAUCCAGCGCUCUGCUCACCUGCAGAAGGAACUGAUUCUGUCCGCUAUCGACUCUGUCAAUGCAGAUUCCCCUUCAGGGGGAUACCUGAUCUACUGUACCUGCUCAAUUAUGGUGGAGGAGAAUGAAUGGGUGGUUGACUACGCCUUAAAGAAAAGAAAUGUCAAGUUAGUCCCUACUGGACUUGACUUUGGCAAUGAAGGCUUCACCAGGUUUAAAGAACGGAGAUUUCAUCCUACAUUGCGCCUCACACGGCGGUUUUAUCCUCAUUCUCACAAUAUGGAUGGUUUUUUUGUGGCCAAACUGAAGAAAUUCUCCAAUAUAAUUCCCACUGUACCUGCAGAAAAAGAAGAGGAAAAUAAAGAGACUCCUGAGGCAACAACAGUGUCCGAGUCUCCUGAUGAGAAACCCACCAAAAGUGACAAGACCAAGAACAUUGUCCCCAAGAAGGCAGGCAGCACACAGGCAAACGUCCAAGCCAACGGAACAUCAGCCAAGAAAACUGCUGACACAAAGCCGAAAGGCAAAAAGGACAUACCUGCCGGACCAAAAAAAGCAAAGAUCCCCAAGAUGGAUGGCAAAACUAAGAAGGGGUCAGAGGCUAAAAAGCCUGCAGUGAAGACAGCUGAUGACACAAAACCGCUAAAAGCUGAGAAAAAGGAAGGGAGCAGAUUUGAGAAAAAGCAGGGUAAAAAGAGAAAGACACCCAGGGAGGCGAAGAACAGAAUGGGAAAGAAUAAAUUCAGAAAGUUGAAGCACAUGUUGCAGAAACAGGAGAGGGAGUGACAUAUGUAUGUAUACUGUGAGUUUAAAAUGUGCAAGAUUGAGCUUUGUAAAACUUUCCCCAGACCAUCGUCUGAAAAGGAACCUUUAGGUCACCAUGCUCAGUUUUUUCCUUUCAGCUGAAAUACUGUACCUGUUAAUCAAAUAUGAUUGUGACUGUGUACAGAUAGAUCUGACUUUUCAAUAACACCCUGACUAUAGUAUAUAUAUCACUAUACUAUAUUUGGGGCUGCCAUGUGUAUUUGUAGAACAGAAUAUUCAUUGUGUUUGUCUUUUGAUUAAGGGUGGAAAACAACUUCCAUGACAUUGUGCGAUACAAUAAAUCUUCUAAGAUAUUUUCCUUA